GUCACCUGCGCGCCGCAGAUGCACCAGUCCACUGGGGCUUGAUGCCCAUUGCAUGGAAUCGAUUCGUCAACUUCAAGCUGCCCUAAGCGAUGAAGCUUUUCCGGCAGUUCACUUCCAGCGCAGACAAGGUGGCAACUCAAUUGACGGCGAAGUCCCAUAGCUACACCUUCCAGAACACGCUGGAUCGACAGAUUAAGGUACUGCUGGAGGAGGAUCCGGAAGGCAUGCUCCAGGCAGCUCAGGACGACCUGAACACGGGGAUUCCGGUGGUGGGGAAGCGCAUGGAGGAGCACAAGAGGAAGGUGCUGAAGCGCUACCGCACCAUCCUAGAAACCGCCAAGCCAUUUCAGGAGUUCUCGGUCCUUUCUGAGCAGCUGAGAACAGUCACCAUGAGGUCUCCCAUGGUGCGGCUGACCGUGGGCAUUUAUGAGCCUGGGGGAGUGCUGAAGGUGGUGACCGUCAAGACCAAGCUGACAACUUCUAGCUUGGCCUUCACAGUCAAUGAAGGACUUGCCAGAGGCGGCGGCAAGAAGGUCCGUGCUGACUCUUUGGAGGAAGCGCUCCACUCCUUUGGCAUGGACGUGGGCUUCAAGAAGGAGGAGCUUCUGGCAGACAUCGAGGAAGACGAGGGUGGCACGACUCCCCGAUCUCUCAAGCAGGGUGAAUCGCCGAAGUCAGCGAGACCUGAGACGCAAGAGCAGGCCCGACUGCUGGAGGCAUCAACGUCAGCAGAAUACAGUCAAACAAACGAGGACGAAUGGCAGCAAUUGCUGCAACAGCCUCCCCCGGAAAAGCGCACGCAGCAAGCAACAAGCGCAGCACUUAGUCAGGGUGAGUUGCAGGCUGAUGCACAAGGGUGGCAAGAGCCAGUUCCAUGGCAGCAAAAGCUGGAAGAGUACAGGCGGCAGCGAGAGGAGUCCUCGGUCAAAUUUGACCAGAGCCCGGAGAGGUGGCAAGCGCCACAAAGCCCGCAGUGGGGAAGCGCAAUGCAGCCAAAGCCGGAGCAAGCAGGGCAAGGGGCAAAGCGUCAGCCUAUGAAGUGGCACACGCCACAGCACAUGCCUCAGAGCCAGGAAGCCCAAAAGCCAGCACCGCCAGCAGAAGAGCAGGCUCACACACCCAUGAAAUGGCACACGCCACAGUGGGGCCAAUCAAUGCUGCAGCAGCCAGAGUCACCCGCAGGCGCAGCAGGAAAGUUUCAGCACACAAAGUGGCACAUGACACAGCAGCAAUCGUUGCAGAGCGUGCCAGCACAAGCAGAGCCGGCACGGCCAUCAGGAGAGCCGGCUCAGCCCACGAGGUGGCAUGCGACUCAGCGGAGUGAGGCGCAGCAGCAGGGGCAGGAGCCACACCCAAGCCAAUCAGGAAAGUUUCAACCGAUGAAGUGGCACAUGCCAUCGCACAAAUCGCCGCAGAGUAUGCCAGCAGAACCGGCGCAGCCAGCAGGAGAGCAGGCUCAGCCCACGAGGUGGCAUACGCCUCAGCGGAGUGAGGCGCAGCAGCAGGGGCAGGAGCCACACCCAAGCCAAUCAGGAAAAUUUCAAUCGAUGAAGUGGCACAUGCCAUCGCAGAAAUCGCCGCGGAGUGUGCCGGCACAAGCAGAAUCGGCACAGCCAGCAGCAGAGCCGGCUCAGCCCACGAGGUGGCAUGCGCCUCAGCGGAGUGAGGAGCAGCAGCACGGGCAGGAGCCGCAAGGAAAGUUUCAGCCCAUGAAGGGGCACAUGCCACCGCAGCAAUCGCCGCAGAGCGUGCCAGCACAAGCAGAACCCGCACAGCCAGCAGGAGAGCAGGCUCAGCCCACGGGGUGGCAGACGCCUCAGCAGAGUGAGGCGCAGCAGCACGGGCAGGAGCCACAGGGAAAGUUUCAGCCCAUGAAGGGGCGCAUGCCACCGCAGCAAUCGCCGCAGAGUGUGCCAGCACAAGCAGAACCCGCACAGCCAGCAGGAGAGCAGGCUCAGCCCACGGGGUGGCAGACGCCUCAGCGGAGUGAGGCGCUGCAGCAGCACGGGCAGGAGCCACAGGGAAAGUUUCAGCCCAUGAAGGGGCGCAUGCCACCGCAGCAAUCGCUGCAGAGUGUGCCAGCAGAAUUUGCACAGCCUGCAGGAGAGCAGGCUCAGCCCACGAAGUGGCAUAUGCCUCAGCGGAGUGAGGCGCAGCAGCAGGGGCAGGAGCCACACCCAAGCCAAUCAGGAAAAUUUCAAUCGAUGAAGUGGCACAUGCCAUCGCAGAAAUCGCCGCGGAGUGUGCCGGCACAAGCAGAAUCGGCACAGCCAGCAGCAGAGCCGGCUCAGCCCAAGCGGAGAGAGGCGCAGCAGCAGGGGCAGGAACCACAUCCAAGCCAAUCUGGAAAGUUUCAGCCUAUGAAGUGGCACAUGCCUCAGCAGAGAUCCCCAACUCAUGCUCCGACGCAUACUUUGACCAGCAGGACAAAAGCAGCUACUGAGCAGUUGGAGGAUUUCCAGCAGGAAUUGACCAAGGACCAGCAGGAUUGCAGGCGGCCGAAGAGUGCCCCACGGAUCAGGGGAGGCGCAGGCGCCAUCCCGGCGGGCUUUGUGCCAGCGGAGGGAGAGGUGGAGGUUUUCUCCAGCAGCCUGCAGCGGUGGCUUCCCGGAUCUCUCCUGGGCCUCAGCGCGGGGGAGGGAGGAGUGCCGCCCGGCUCCGUGUUAGUCGUGUACGAGGCAGCUCCAAAGCAAUUUACGCAGAAGGUUCUGGCUCCGCGCAACUUUGACACGUUGCGCUGCCCAGCCUGAGCUUCCUGAGACUUUGGCGAGAUGUUUUGUCAGGGCUGCACAUUGUGGUGGGCUCGUGUUGGCCCGUUGCUUGACAGUAAUGGGUUGUGCAAGGCUCAGGAUGGAAAAUGCCUCCGCAAAAGAUGGCUGACGUGUGAGUCAGAACUGGGAAGGCUUGCCGAACAGGCGAUCCUACUGUGUUUUUGGCCGCACAAUUCACAUGCCAAUUCCUAUGUACAUUACACGGCGAUCAGUGCUGCAAGCUUUGGGACAGACAGAUGUCCACAAUCGCUGUCGCAUUUCUACUCGUCCAGAGGCGAGUGGAGGGCACCGCCGCGCUGGCGAUCAUGGACAUGAUGCCUGUGCCACAGCAAGGCCUUUUCCGCACUAUGGAGGAAUACCAUGGUGCAUUCUAGUAUUUUGAAAAGACAGAUGAUGGGCAUACUUGGUUCUUUAGAUGCCGCGGGCUGAUGUGGUGGUGCAUCGUCGAUUUACUUGCGCU